CAGGGUAACCGCACGGAUUGGGAAGCUGAGGAAGCAGCACCAAUAUGGCGACAACCGCAGUUUCUCCUGCAGCUUUUGAACAUCUGCAGUCCAGUUACGCCUUUCGGGAUUUGUGUUAACGCUUAAAAAAGCUGGCUAUCCUGGGUGCUGCAUAAUUAAAAAAAAAAAGCUUGCUGCAGGAUGAAAAGAUGGCUGCGCCUCUUAUUGCACCACCAGGACCUGAUAGUUUCAAACUUUUCACACGUGAGUCAUUGGCUGCCAUCGAGAAACGCAUUAGUGAAGAGAAAGCCAAGAAGCCACCAAAGCCCGACAGCAGUCAUCGAGAUGACGACGACGAUAACAAGCCCCAUCCCAAUAGUGAUCUGGAAGCAGGCAAGAGCCUGCCUUUUAUCUAUGGCGACAUUCCCUCGGGCAUGGUUGCCGUACCAUUGGAGGACUUGGACCCUUAUUAUUUGAAUGAGAAAACGUUUAUAGUCCUCAAUAAAGGGAAAACAAUCUUCCGUUUUAGUGCCACGCCUGCCUUGUACUGCAUAAGUCCUUUUAAUUUACUUAGGCAAAUAGCUAUUAAAAUUUUGAUACAUUCAGUAUUCAGCAUGAUCAUUAUGUGCACUAUUUUGACAAACUGUGUUUUCAUGACUUUUAGUAAUCCCCCUGAAUGGUCAAAACAAGUAGAGUAUACUUUCACUGGUAUUUAUACAUUUGAGUCAAUUGUAAAAAUUCUUGCUAGAGGAUUCUGUAUAGAUGACUUUACGUUUCUUAGAGAUCCAUGGAACUGGCUUGAUUUUAGUGUAAUUUCAAUGGCGUAUAUUACAGAGUUUGUAAACCUAGGCAAUGUUUCAGCUCUCCGCACAUUCAGAGUAUUGAGGGCUUUGAAAACUAUUUCAGUAAUCCCAGGCCUGAAGACCAUUGUUGGAGCUCUCAUUCAGUCUGUGAAAAAACUGUCAGAUGUCAUGAUUCUGACAGUAUUUUGUCUCAGUGUGUUUGCUCUGAUUGGACUGCAGUUGUUUAUGGGAAAUCUACGGCAAAAAUGUGUCAUCUGGCCAAUCAACUCCACCGAGGUGUACUUAGGAAAUGGAAGCAAAGGUUUUGACUGGGACGAAUACAUCUUGAAUGAAACAAACUUUUAUUUUUUACCUGGAGCCCUUGAUGCCCUUUUAUGUGGAAACAGUUCAGAUUCUGGACGUUGUCCAGAGGGGUAUGUCUGUAUGAAGGCAGGAAGAAACCCCAAUUAUGGUUAUACCAGCUUUGACACUUUUGGUUGGGCAUUCCUUGCUUUGUUCCGACUAAUGACUCAGGACUUUUGGGAAAACUUGUACCAGUUGACCCUAAGAGCUGCAGGCAAAACCUACAUGAUCUUUUUUGUGCUAGUCAUCUUUGUGGGAUCUUUUUACCUGGUUAACUUGAUCUUAGCUGUGGUGGCUAUGGCCUAUGAAGAGCAGAAUCAGGCAACGCUGGAGGAGGCAGAGCAGAAGGAGGCUGAGUUCAAGGCCAUGCUUGAACAGCUGAAGAAACAGCAAGAGGAAGCACAGGCAGCAGCAAUGGCUACAUCAGCUGGUACAGUCUCAGAAGAUGCAGUAGAAGAUGAUGGUGGAGGAAGAAUGUCCCGUAGUUCAUCUGAGAUCUCAAAACUGAGUUCCAAGAGUGCCAAAGAGCGACGCAACCGCAAAAAAAAGUGGCGACAGAAAGAACAGUCCCGGGGUGAAGAAAAGGGGGACAGUGAGAAGUUUGUCAAGUCAGAGUCUGAUGAUGGUAUUAAAAGAAAGUUCCGCUUCCCAGGGGACAACCGACGUCUUUCCAUCAUGAAUCAGUCUCUUCUCAGCAUUCCUGGAUCUCCAUUUCUGUCCCGGCACAACAGUCGCAGUAGUAUCUUCAGCUUCAAGGGACGGUCAAAGGAUGCUGGAUCAGAGAAUGAAUUUGCAGAUGAUGAGCACAGCACUGUGGAGGAGAGCGAGGGUCGUCGCGACUCUUUGUUCAUUCCAGUCCGUCGCAAUAGCUACAGUGGCAACAGCCAGGGCAGCCGCUCAUCACGCAUCAUCCCUGUCCUUCCCCACAAUGUCAAGAGGAACAGCACAGUUGACUGCAAUGGUGUGGUCUCCUUAAUCGGCGGGCCUGCUCCAUCUCUGCCUGGUGGACGACUUCUGCCUGAGGUGAUAAUAGAUAAGGCAGCUACUGAUGACAGUCCCACUACUGAAGUGGAAGGCAAAAAGAAGCACUCUGGUUCUCUCAUGGUGUCUGUUGAUCAGCUCAAUACCUCAUUUGGAAGGAAGGACCGAGCCAACAGUGUUCUCAGUGUGCUUACCAACACCCUUGUGGAGGAGCUGGAGGAGUCUCAACGCAAGUGCCCACCCUGUUGGUAUAAGUUCGCGAACACCUUUCUUAUAUGGGAAUGUUGUCCUCUAUGGAUCAAGAUUAAGGAGAUAACAAACCUGAUUGUAAUGGAUCCCUUUGUUGAUUUAGCUAUUACCAUUUGCAUUGUGCUGAACACAUUAUUCAUGGCUAUGGAGCAUUAUCCCAUGACCCCUCAAUUCGAACAUGUCCUCAGCGUUGGAAAUCUGGUGUUCACUGGCAUCUUCACAGCUGAAAUGUUGGCUAAGCUCAUAGCUAUGGACCCUUAUUAUUAUUUCCAAGAAGGAUGGAAUAUUUUUGACGGCUUCAUUGUCAGCCUCAGUUUAAUGGAGCUUGGUCUGGCCAAUGUGGAAGGUCUUUCUGUCUUGAGGUCUUUCCGACUGCUGAGGGUUUUUAAACUGGCGAAAUCAUGGCCUACACUGAACAUGCUGAUCAAGAUCAUCGGGAACUCUGUAGGUGCUUUGGGAAACCUGACUCUGGUGCUGGCUAUUAUUGUGUUUAUUUUUGCUGUUGUGGGCAUGCAGCUUUUUGGAAAAAGUUACAAAGACUGUGUGUGCAAGAUUGCGCAAACCUGUGAACUUCCCCGCUGGCACAUGAAUGACUUUUUUCAUUCUUUCCUGAUUGUUUUCCGUGUUCUCUGUGGAGAGUGGAUUGAAACCAUGUGGGACUGCAUGGAAGUGGCUGGGCAGACAAUGUGUCUAAUUGUCUUCAUGAUGGUCAUGGUCAUCGGGAACUUGGUGGUGCUGAAUUUGUUCUUAGCCUUGCUGCUGAGCUCGUUCAGUGCAGACAACCUGGCAGCAACUGAUGAUGAUGGUGAAAUGAACAACUUGCAGAUAUCAGUCAUUCGAAUCAAAAAGGGUAUUGCAUGGUUCAAAGCCAAGGUGCGCAAAUUUAUGGCAGCCCACUUCAAAAAGAAAGUCACAGAUGAAGUGAAACCUCUGGAUGAUAUGUAUGACAAGAAGGUUAACUGUAUUGCAAAUCACACAGCAGCAGAUAUUAACAGAGAUAUGGACUUUCAGAAGAACGGAAAUGGCACAACAAGUGGCAUUGGCAGCAGUGUGGAAAAGUACAUUAUGGAUGAAGAACGCAUGUCCUUUAUCCACAACCCAAACCUGACAGUACGAGUGCCUAUUGCUGUUGGCGAGUCAGACUUUGAAAAUCUCAACACAGAGGAUUUCAGCAGUGAAUCGGACAUUGAGGGCAGCAAAGAGAUGGAUGACACCAGCUCUUCUGAAGGGAGUACAAUUGAUAUUAAGCCAGAUGCAGAAGAAGUUGUUGUGGAGCAACCAGAAGAGUAUGUGGAUCCAGAUGCUUGCUUUACUGAUGCUUGUGUGGCAAGUUGUAAGGUGUGUCAAGUCAGCAUUGUGGAAGGCUGGGGAAAGUACUGGUGGUUUCUGCGAAAGACUUGCUACUUGAUUGUGGAGCACAACUGGUUUGAGACCUUUAUCAUCUUCAUGAUCCUCCUCAGCAGUGGUGCACUGGCUUUUGAAGACAUUUAUAUUGAGCAGCGCAAGAUGAUUCGCACCAUUUUGGAGUAUGCAGACAAGGUUUUCACUUAUAUCUUCAUUCUGGAGAUGUUGCUUAAGUGGGUGGCCUAUGGCUUUGUGAAGUAUUUCACCAACGCAUGGUGCUGGCUUGACUUCUUCAUUGUUGAUGUCUCUAUAGUCAGCCUUAUAGCUAAUGCCCUGGGCUACUCGGAUCUAGGUCCUAUUAAGUCACUUAGGACUCUAAGAGCUUUGAGACCCCUAAGAGCCUUGUCACGUUUUGAAGGGAUGAGGGUUGUAGUCAAUGCCUUAGUGGGAGCCAUUCCUUCCAUUAUGAAUGUACUUCUGGUCUGCCUUAUCUUCUGGCUGAUUUUCAGUAUUAUGGGAGUCAACCUGUUUGCGGGCAAAUAUGGUUACUGCUUCAAUGAGACAGAAGAAGCAUAUUUUAAAACUCAUAUCGUAAACAACAAAUCAGAGUGUGAAGACUUAAUCGCAGAGAACAACACAGAUGUGCGGUGGAAAAGUGUGAAAAUCAACUUUGAUAAUGUGGGUGCAGGAUACCUGGCUCUACUCCAAGUGGCUACCUUUAAAGGCUGGAUGGACAUCAUGUAUGCUGCAGUGGAUUCAAGAAGGGUGGAAGAACAACCCAUAUAUGAAGACAAUAUCUACAUGUACAUCUACUUUGUCAUCUUUAUCAUCUUUGGAUCCUUCUUCACUCUAAAUCUUUUCAUUGGUGUAAUCAUUGACAAUUUCAACCAGCAGAAGAAAAAGUUUGGAGGUCAAGAUAUCUUCAUGACAGAAGAGCAAAAGAAGUAUUACAAUGCCAUGAAAAAACUGGGUUCUAAGAAGCCCCAGAAGCCUAUUCCUCGGCCAUUGAACAAAGUCCAAGGAAUGGUUUUUGACUUUGUCACCCAGCAAGCUUUUGACAUUUCCAUCAUGAUACUCAUCUGUUUGAACAUGGUGACAAUGAUGGUAGAAACAGAUGACCAGAGCGAUCAAAUGGAAAAAGUCUUGUACUGGAUUAAUUUUAUUUUCAUUAUUGCCUUCACCACAGAAUUUGUCUUGAAACUGUUUGCCCUUCGUCAUUAUUACUUCACCAUUGGCUGGAACAUUUUUGAUGUUGUGGUUGUCAUCUUAUCUAUUGUAGGAAUGUUCCUGGCGGACCUUAUCGAGAAGUAUUUUGUGUCUCCAACGCUGUUUCGAGUAAUCCGACUGGCUCGCAUUGGCCGCAUCCUUCGUCUCAUCAAAGGAGCCAAGGGAAUCCGAACCUUGUUGUUUGCUCUCAUGAUGUCCUUACCUGCCUUGUUCAACAUUGGUCUUUUGCUCUUCUUGGUCAUGUUUAUCUUUUCUAUAUUUGGAAUGUCUAACUUUGCCUACGUGAAAAAGGAAGCUGGAAUUGAUGACAUGUUUAACUUUGAAACGUUUGGCAACAGUAUGAUCUGCCUCUUUCAGAUCACCACUUCAGCUGGCUGGGAUGGCCUGUUGCUACCCAUCCUAAAUCGACCACCCGAUUGCAGCCUGGAUAAAGAGCACCCCGGCAGCCAGGUCAAGGGUGACUGUGGCAACCCUUCAGUCGGAAUCUUUUUCUUUGUCAGCUACAUCAUUAUCUCCUUUCUGAUUGUGGUUAACAUGUACAUUGCCAUCAUCUUGGAGAAUUUCAGUGUAGCAACUGAAGAGAGUGCGGAGCCGCUCAGUGAGGAUGACUUUGAGACCUUUUAUGAGAUCUGGGAGAAGUUUGACCCAGAUGCCACUCAAUUCAUCGAAUACGCCAAACUGUCCAACUUCGCCGAUGCCCUGGAGCACCCGCUGCGUGUCCCCAAACCAAACACCAUUGAACUUAUUGCCAUGGACUUGCCCAUGGUCAGUGGGGAUCGCAUCCACUGCUUGGACAUCUUGUUUGCAUUUACCAAGCGUGUGUUGGGGGACAGUGGGGAGUUAGACAUCCUGCGUCAGCAGAUGGAGGAACGCUUUGUUGCCUCCAACCCAUCCAAAGUGUCCUAUGAGCCCAUCACGACCACUCUGAGACGCAAGCAAGAGGAGGUUUCUGCAAUCUUCAUCCAGCGUGCUUACAGGCGACAUUUAGCGAAAAGGGGAUUUGUGUGCAAAAAAGGGCAGGGUACCAAACUAGAAAACGGAGGUGCCAACCAAGAGAGGAAAGAGGGCACCCCCUCAACAGCAUCCCUCCCUUCUUAUGACAGUGUCACAAAACCCGACAAGGAAAAACAAUAUGACAAUGAAGGGAAAGGCAAAAAAGAAAAAGGCAAAAACCAAAAAGAUGUCAGGGAAUCUAAGUGUUAGAGUAUACAAAAAACCAGAUUAUUUCAUUUUGCAAGUAAAGAAUAUAUAUUGUUUACAGACUUCACAAAUGUAUUAAUUGCAGAACAGCAACCCAGUUUCUACAGCUAUGAAGACACUUAAAUUGAUUUAAACCAAACAUAAUCAGCUUUGUGUGUGACAAAACAAAAAGAAAUGGAAAAGGAACCCAUGCCGCCUGUCUGGGAACUUCUCUGGGAAAACCCUCCAUUGCAGAGUGAUAAGCAGACGGAUUGAACAACACAAGGGUGGGUGGAUGUGCCACAUCAGCAAACACACAUGUGGAUGAACCCAAAGGCUGCUGGGGAAAUGCCGUACCUUUCCAAAGUGGUCAGAAGGAUUUUAUUUUCUCACUUUCUUUAGUAAUUGAGAAAACAAAAUGAAACAGAGUGAAACAAGGAACAAUAUGCAGAACAAGAAGAAAAAAGGGUUUGUUUGUUCAUGCAGAUUAUACUUGCAUCUUUACAUUUUUUGAGCGGCAAAAAAACCAUUUAACAUUUAGCCCAUGUCACUUAAUUCAACUCAUGUUUUCUUUGUUAUAUCUGCAUAAAAAAAAAAA